ACUCUUAACAGCAAAAAACAAAACGAAUAUUGGAUUGAGCUUUGUAAUUUGUGAACUGUAACUAUUUUUUCAAUAUAAUGAAAUUCUUAAUUGUAGGAAAGCAAAAUUUGAGCUUUGUUUCUGGAGGCAUGUAGUUUCCUGAAGAUGAACAGCGUUAAGGGAUCAUUUUCAGGAUUAACGAGAAGUCACACUGAGUCUUUUCUUGUUUACAGGAAUCGUCACAUACAUGAGGAUGACUGGAACAAAUUUUAUGUUUCUAUACCACAGGAUGACACUGCUUCCCUUGUGCAAAAUCAUGAUGCUGAAAUUGGGUAUGGUGGUGGAGGAUUUUCAUCACUUCCCCCUCAGUGGGUUGACAGCGUUGAAGAGAUUCAAUAUGAAAUUUCAAAGAUAAAGCAACGAAUAAAAGACCUCUCUGCGCUUCACGAUCGACAUCUAAACAGACCAACGUUAGAUGACAAUGUGGAGGAAGAACAUGUUAUUGAAAUUACUACACAAGAAAUCACACAGAUGUUUCAUCAGUGCCAGCGUCUUAUUCAAGGAAUUAGUUCGCGUAGCAGGGGUGCUUGCAAAUCAGAACAGAUUAUGGUGCGAAACGUGAUUUCAAGUUUGGCAUCUACGGUGCAAGAUUUGUCGCAAAAUUUCAAAAAAGCACAAUCGAAAUACUUAAAACGCAUGAAAAAUCGAGAGGAAACGUCAAAGCAGUUCUUUGAUACUGGCAUUGGAGCGGAUAACAGUCCCUUUCUUCAGGAAGAGGCAGAUAUUGAUGAACUUUACGACAAGGGUUUCACAACUGCACAGCUGCAGCAGGUGGAGGAUAAUUCUCAAAUGAUAUCGCAACGAGAAAAAGAAAUCCAAAACAUUGUUCGAUCUAUUUUCGAUUUGAAUGAAAUCUUCAAAGAUCUAUCUGUUAUGGUGAUUGAUCAGGGAACUAUUUUGGAUAGAAUUGAUUACAACGUUGAGCAGUCGUCGAUGCAAGUUGAAAAGGGUUUGGAACAGCUAAAAAAGGGAGAGAAAUACCAGAAAAGCUCACGGAAGAUGCUUUGUAUUCUGUUUUUAGCUGUCGCAUUAAUAAUUAUGCUGAUUACGUUGGUAAUUACUAAGACAAAAAAAUGAAUUGUCAUGUACUUCAAGGGUUGAAUGUAGAUGAACCCACUGCGGCAUCGAUCAGACCGAGUGAAUAUCGUUUUCUACUAAAAGGUAAUUGGACAUUUGUUUUAGAAGCAAGAGUUAUCCGUUCUUUAGUGUUAUAUGUACCCAUAGUUGACACUGUACUUGCCUUGAUGUACAAGUUGAACGGGUCAUGUAACAUAUAAAUGGAGAAUCUGAGAAAGCACUUUCUGCUGUGGAGGAGAAAUGUGAACUAAUGGGGGGAAAAGUUCUAGGUAAAAUUAGUUGGUUAAUUCUUUUCUUUCUUUAUGAUAAACCAUGGCACGAUUGCAUGAUUGAUUAAUAUAAGGUUUGCUGUGGUCAGUUUCAAAAUUGUUUGAUAUCAAUGGCUUAAUUCACUGGUACUGCUAAUGGCCAGCACUUCAAGAAUGUGCUGUGCAUCGUAAUACCAUAUCGUUUCCAUGUUUUGAAAAAGUUGUAGCUGCAGCCCUUUUUUGCUCCUUCGUGUAUGAAAAUGUAACAGCCAAAAAGCGUUCUAGGUGCUAAAGAAAGACAAGUAGUGGUAUACAAUCGACAUCGCAAGGUUAAAAGCUUUUUGUGUAUCAUCCCAAAUUAAAAUUCUUCUCAAGUUUGGGGUCCCGCUUCGUCCCCCCAUCCCUUAUUACUUCUUCUCUUGUUGUGUAACUUAAUACUGUGUUCGUUUUGACUCUGCUUGAACAAAGCUUCAAUAUUAAUUUAUAUGUUUGUAUUGGUAUCUCUUUAUAAAAAAACACACUUGAAUUUGAUCAUAUUGCUGUUAUCCUGAUCGUUCUAUGUAUAUAACUGGAAAUAACAAAUUGGUACACGGCU